AUGGUGUACUCGAAUCGAGGCGACCGGGGGCACCAGCAUCUACUGCUGUUUUUUAUAAUCCUCACAGCCUGGGAAAGCGGGAGCGGCCAGGUCCACUACUCAGUCCCGGAGGAGGCCAAACACGGCACCUUCGUGGGCCGCAUCGCGCAGGACUUGGGGCUGGAGCUGGCGGAGCUGGUGCCGCGCCUUUUCCGAGUGGAGUCCAAAGGCCGCGGGGAUCUUCUCGAGGUAAAUCUGCAGAAUGGUAUUUUGUUUGUGAAUGCUCGGAUCGACCGGGAGGAGCUGUGUGGGCGGAGCGCGGAAUGCAGCAUCCACCUGGAGGUGAUCGUGGACAGGCCUCUGCAGGUUUUCCAUGUGGAAGUGGAGGUGAAGGACAUUAACGACAACCCGCCCGUAUUCCCGGAGACAAAAAAGAAUCUGUUUAUAGCCGAAUCCAGGAUGCUUGACUCUAGGUUUCCACUAGAGGACGCUUCCGAUGCAGAUAUCGAGGAGAACGCUCUGUUGACUUACAGACUGAGCCCCAACGAGUUUUUCUCUCUGGACGUACCAACCAAUGGCGAACAGGAAAAACCUCUUGGUCUUGUAUUACGGAAAUCUUUAGACAGGGAAGAAUCUCCGGAACUUCAUUUAUUGCUCACAGCCACUGAUAGAGGCAAACCUGAGCUGACUGGCACUGUUCAGUUACUCAUCAAAGUUCUGGAUGCCAAUGACAACGCACCAGUUUUCGACAGAACACUCUAUGCGGUGAAAUUACCAGAAAAUGUUCCCAAUGGAACAUUAGUAAUUAAACUUAAUGCCUCAGAUUUGGAUGACGGCAUGAAUGGGGAUAUUAUUUACUCAUUCUCUAGUGACGUUUCCCCAGAUAUAAAAUCUAAAUUCUACAUGGAUGCCAUAAAUGGAGAAAUUAUAGCAAUAGGACAUAUCGAUUUUGAAGAAUGUAAAACCUACAAAAUUCGAGUAGAAGCGAUCGAUAAAGGCUAUCUACCACUAGCUGGUCACUGUACAGUUCUUGUGCAAGUUUUGGACGCUAAUGAUAAUGCUCCAGAGUUGACUGUUACUUCCCUGUCUCUCCCUAUCUCAGAGAAUGCUCAGCGGGGCACAGUCAUCACCUUGAUCAGUGUGUCUGACCGAGAUUCUGGAGCUAAUGGCCAGGUGACCUGCACACUGUCGCCCCAUGUCCCCUUCAAGCUGGUGUCCACCUUCAAGAAUUACUAUUCGCUGGUGCUGGACAGCGCCCUGGACCGCGAGAGCGUGGCGAACUAUGCUCUAGUAGUGACAGCACGGGACGGGGGCUCGCCUUCGCUGUCGGCCACGGCCAGCGUGUCCGUGGAAGUGGCCGACGUGAACGACAACGCGCCGACAUUCGCGCAGGCCGAGUACACGGUGUUCGUGAAGGAGAACAACCCUCCCGGCUGCCACAUCUUCACGGUGUCCGCGCGGGACGCGGACGCGCAGGAGAACGCGCUGGUGUCCUACUCGCUGGUGGAGCGGCGGGUGGGCGAGCGUGCGCUGUCGAGCUACGUGUCGGUGCACGCGGAGAGCGGCAAGGUGUACGCGCUGCAGCCGCUGGACCACGAGGAGCUGGAGCUGCUGCAGUUCCAAGUGAGCGCGCGCGACGCGGGCGUGCCCCCGCUGGGCAGCAACGUGACGCUGCAGGUGUUCGUGCUGGACGAGAACGACAACGCGCCCGCGCUGCUGCCGCUGCCUGGGGCGGGCGGCGCGGGCGGCGCCGUGAGCGAGCUGGUGUGGCGGUCGGUGGGCGCGGGCCACGUGGUGGCGAAGGUGCGCGCGGUGGACGCGGACUCGGGCUACAACGCGUGGCUGUCGUACGAGCUGCAGCCGGCGGCGGGUGGCGCGCGCAGCCCGUUCCGCGUGGCGCUGUACACGGGCGAGAUCAGCACGACGCGCAGCCUGGACGAGGCGGACUCGCCGCGCCAGCGCCUGCUGGUGCUGGUGAGGGACCACGGCGAGCCGGCGCUGACGGCCACGGCCACCGUGCUGCUGUCGCUGGUGGAGAGCGGCCAGGCGCCCAAGGCCUCGUCGCGGGUGUUGGCGGGCGCCGCUGGCGCGGAGACGGCGCUGGUGGAUGUCAACGUGUACCUGAUCAUCGCCAUCUGCGCGGUGUCCAGCCUGCUGGUGCUCACGCUGCUGCUGUACGUGGCGCUGCGGUGCUCGGCGCCGCCCAGCGAGGGCGCGUGCGGGCCGGGGAAGCCCACGCUGGUGUGUUCCAGCGCGGUGGGGAGCUGGUCUUACUCGCAGCAGAGGCGGCAGAGGGUGUGCUCUGGGGAGGGUCCGCCCAAGACCGACCUCAUGGCCUUCAGCCCCAGCCUUCCACCCGGUCCCAUUGGCGGGAAUAGAGAAGAACAGCUGGAUGUGGAUGUUGAUCUUUCUGCCAAAGUGAGUACAGAUUUUUAA